AUGAGAGUUAUUACUCGAAACACAAUAGAAAGAGUGGGACGAGCAGCUAAUCAUGGAUUUGAAAAACGAGUACUUCAGUAUAACAAUGUUGUUGAGAAUAAUAAUAGGUGGGGCUGGAUACCCGAUGUUGGUGUUGGGAGUGUUUUAAAAGAACCGGUAAGAAAUGUUCCAAACGAUGCGGAUGAAGCAAGAAUGAGAGUUAUUACUCGAAACACAAUAGAAAGAGUGGGACGAGCAGCUAAUCAUGGAUUUGAAAAACGAGUACUUCAGUAUAACAAUGUUGUUGAGAAUAAUAAUAUGUGGGGUAAUUACGUAAAUUGGAAAUUAUAUCCUUUAUUCGGUCUGUUGGAACACAGAAAGGUUUCCAUAGGAUUACCAUAUAAAAUUCAUCUACAAAGGGAAAUCAAUGAUUCUUUGGAGAGAAUGCUCUUUAAUGCAAAAUUAGAAAUAACGAAUCUCCAACUUUAUAUACCUAUCAUAACACCACCAAUUGAAGUAGAAACGAGAAUUGUCAACAUGUUGACUAAAAAUAUUGAAAUAGCUUUCCUUCGUCGCAACACGGUAUGUCAUGACUAUAUUUAA